AGAGUAGUACGCGCUAAUAAUUGUGUGGUGUCUCGUAUAUUUUAUUUCCAUUUUUUUUUAAACGAGACAGAAAAUUUGGAAAUUUGUUUAAACAGAUCAUAUAACAACAUCAACAACGAUAGAUAAUAGAUACACAUAUAUAUAAUGUCACAAGAGUUAAAGUCGGUGCUUUUGAUAGGAGGUGCUGGAUUCUUAGGUCUUCAUUUAAUUGAACAAUUCUCCAAAUUAAGUCCUAACACUAAGAUCCAUGUCUUUGAUGUUAGACCAUUACCUGAAAAAUUAUCCACUUAUUUUACAUUCAAUCCAGAAGAGAUUAAAUUUUAUAAAGGAGAUUUAACAUCAGCUCAAGAUGUCACUGAUGCCAUUAUAGAUUCACAAUGUCAAGUCGUGGUUCAUUCAGCUUCUCCAAUGCAUGGAUUACCUCAAGAAAUUUAUGAAAAAGUAAAUGUAAAUGGUACUAAUAAUGUUAUUGAAGUUUCAAAGAAAAAUUCUCAUAUUGUUAAAGCAUUAGUAUAUACUUCCUCAGCCGGGGUUAUAUUCAAUGGUCAAGAUGUUAAAAAUGCCGAUGAAAGAUGGCCAUAUCCUGAGGUUCAUAUGGAUGGAUAUAAUGAAACCAAAGCCAUUGCUGAAACUGCCGUUUUAAAUGCUAAUUCUCCUCAAUUAUUAACCGUAUGUUUAAGACCAGCUGGUAUUUUUGGACCUGGAGAUCGUCAAGUUGUCCCUGGGUUUAGAGCAAGUGCAAAAUUAGGUCAAUCAAAAUAUCAAUUAGGGGAUAAUAAUAAUUUAUUCGAUUGGAGUUAUGUUGGUAAUGUAGCUGAUGCUCAUGUAUUAGCAGCUCAAAAAAGUUUAAUUCCAGAAUAUGCUAAUAAAAUCGGUGGUGAAACUUUCUUUGUCACCAAUGAUGCUCCAUUAUAUUUUUGGACUUUAGCAAGAACAGUCUGGAAAGCAGAUGGUUAUGUUGAUAGUUAUUAUAUUAAAUUAAGUAGAUCAUUAGGUAUUGCAUUGGGAUACUUAUCAGAAGCAUUCUCCACUCUUGCCGGUAAAGAAGCAGGUCUUACUCCAUUCAGAGUUAAAAUCGCUUGUGCUCAUCGUUAUCAUAAUAUUUCAAAAGCUAAAGAAAUCCUUGGUUAUAAACCAAACGUCGAUAUAGAAUCAGGUAUAAAGUAUACUUUAGAUUGGAUGAAUGAAUCACUCUAAGUUACCUAAAUAUAUAUAUUGUAUACUUGUCUAUAUAAAAAUUUAUUGAUU